AGGGAAGAAGGGAGAAGGUUCUCGGAUGACAAUGGACGUUCCACUGUGCAGGAUGAGGGCAGAGUGUGUGACAUCACCACCACGAGGGUGCAAUGUGAUCUUGGGCAUCUCCCUUCCUGGCCAGCACUCUGCCUCCUCUAUCCAUCAUGGUGUUUGGUGAGUUUUUCCAUCACCCUGGACAAGACGAGGAACUUGUCAACCUGAACGUGGGGGGCUUUAAACAGUCUGUGGACCAGAGUACCCUCCUGCGGUUCCCUCACACGAGGCUGGGGAAGCUGCUGACCUGCCAUUCUGAGGAGGCCAUCCUGGAGCUGUGUGAUGACUACAGCGUGGCCGACAAAGAGUACUAUUUUGAUCGGAACCCCUCCCUGUUCAGAUACGUCUUGAACUUUUACUACACGGGGAAGCUGCACGUCAUGGAGGAGCUGUGCGUGUUCUCCUUCUGCCAGGAGAUCGAGUACUGGGGUAUCAACGAGCUCUUCAUUGACUACUGCUGCAGCAGCCGGUACCAGGAGCGGAAGGAAGAAAGCCAUGACAAGGACUGGGACCAGAAAAGCAACGAUGUGAGCACGGACUCCUCCUUCGAAGAAUCCUCUCUCUUUGAGAAAGAGCUGGAGAAGUUUGACGAGCUGAGGUUUGGCCAGCUCCGAAAGAAAAUCUGGAUUCGAAUGGAAAACCCAGCUUAUUGCCUGUCCGCCAAGCUAAUCGCCAUCUCCUCCUUAAGUGUGGUGCUGGCGUCUAUCGUGGCCAUGUGCGUGCACAGCAUGUCCGAAUUCCAGAAUGAGGACGGAGAAGUGGAUGACCCUGUGCUGGAGGGAGUGGAGAUUGCAUGCAUUGCCUGGUUCACUGGUGAGCUGGCCAUCCGGCUGGUCGCUGCCCCUUCUCAAAAGAAGUUCUGGAAAAACCCUCUGAACAUCAUCGACUUCGUGUCCAUUAUUCCCUUCUAUGCUACGUUGGCUGUGGACACCAAGGAAGAAGAGAGUGAGGACAUUGAGAACAUGGGCAAGGUGGUCCAAAUCCUCCGACUCAUGAGGAUUUUUCGAAUUCUGAAGCUUGCCCGGCAUUAGGUAGGGCUUCGGUCUCUUGGGGCCACGCUGAGGCACAGUCACCAUGAGGUGGGGCUACUGCUUCUCUUCCUUUCGGUGGGUAUAUCCAUCUUCUCCGUGCUCAUCUACUCUGUGGAGAAGGAUGAACUUGCAUCCAGUCUCACCAGCAUCCCUAUCUGCUGGUGGUGGGCUACUAUCAGUAUGACCACGGUGGGCUAUGGAGACACCCAUCCGAUCACCUUAGCCGGGAAGAUCAUUGCAAGCACGUGUAUUAUCUGCGGCAUCUUGGUGGUGGCCCUUCCCAUCACCAUCAUCUUCAACAAGUUUUCCAAGUACUACCAGAAGCAGAAGGACAUGGAUGUGGACCAGUGCAGUGAGGACCCACCGGGAAAGUGCCCCGAGCUACCUUACUUUAACAUCAGGGACGUUUAUGCACAGCAAGUCCAUGCCUUCAUUACCAGUCUGUCUUCCAUUGGCAUCGUGGUCAG